AUGGGUUCACCUAUCAAGCCGGGGGGGCCAGGCAGAGUGGCCACAGGGCCGGGAAGCAAAUAUGGGCGGUCGCCACUCAAGGAGAACGAUCCUAACAACCAGUUGCGUGGAGUAAAGGCGGGCAUCGGGUCCGCGGUGCAGUGUUUUCCCGGGAAAAAGAGGUCGCUGAACCUUCUGGAGGAGACAGAGAAAGUACGCAGUAAGAGGGCGAAGGCCGCGGGGGUGGCGCAUCCAACGGGGUCGCCGAUUACGGGUGGCGUGGCGGGCGGGCGUACCAUCGAGGGUGCUGUGCUUAUAACGCGCCAACAGGCCCAGCGGCGGGCAGAGCAGUCGAAGAUAACAGCGAAGGACCUGCUUGACUGGCAACAAAACUGGAAGCGCAUUAUGCGCAAGGACACCAGGAUCUAUUUUGACACUGCGGUGGUAGAUCACCUGCAAGGGGCGAAGCUCGAGAAGCGGAAAGAGCUGCUUAAGCGCGGAUUCUCCAUUUUGGGAGCACAGAUGAAAGUCUUUUUCGAUAUGGACGUCACGAUAGUCAUCACAAGUAGGAAACUGGAUAGAUACGACAAUCUUCCGGAAACAGACGUGUUAUUCCGUGCAUAUAAAAGCAGCUACAUGAAAAUAUGGAAUUACGAAAAAGCCCUACGUUUCCUAAAAAACUUGGAGGUGGACGUCGAUGGGCUGGAACAACAAAAUGCUGUCGGUGCAUCUACAGGCGGCCCGUUACUGGUAAUAGGCGGUGGGCAUCAUAAUAGCGGGCUUGCAGCAAAUGCGCUGACAACGACGAAUGCAACGGCCACACUCUCCAAGCUCCUGGAGAGUGAAAAGCUGUACGGGCCCAGCGACCGGGACCCGAAGGCCAAACGCGACGACGUGCAUUACUUCAGGUACCCACAUGUAUAUCUAUAUGAUAUCUGGCAGACAUGGGCACCCCUGAUAACUGUGGAGUGGAGACCAUCCGAGCUCACCGAACCAGAAAAAUUACCUUACCCGAGCGUAAAGCCUGGGAGUUUUGGAAGGUGUCCAUUCGUCGGGGAUGGUACAUGCGACGAACUGUCGACGAGGCGCAUACUCAAGCGAUACAAGCGCGAUUGUCUGAACGAGAAAUACGCGCUGAAGCUGAGACUUCUAUACCAGGACUCUGCUGUGCCUAGGCAAAUAGAUGACAUAUCCGAGGAUGAGUACCCGGUCAUGCUACCCACCACUGCGCAGUACCCCAACAGCAAAACCAAGUAUCUGGAGGUCAUGGGCAUUGAAGAUUCCAAGUGCAAGCGCCCUCCCCCGAUGUCGCUUCUUACGCGCCAAGAAACAGCCGGUGAAGACGUGCUGGGCAACGACGACCUCUGUAAGCGGAAAAAUAGGAUUCCGCAGGAAAUCAAAGCUAGUGGCGUCAAUCAGUCUCUCGAUACAAAUGCAGGUGGCUCCCUCUCGAUCGGCAACGGACUGGCGCCGGCAAAAGCCUCAAAUGUAAACAAAAGCCUCAAAUCUCUGAACCGCCUCGUUGUAGAUCGCAAGUUUACCCAGCAGACGAUUCCCCCGCCCCCGCAGGCAGCAAAACCUACCCUAACUGCUGCAUGCAUCCAAGAAAAGCAUUCGGCGUCCCCCCAGGGUUCUCUGGCGCCUAACCACACCGUCACGGCCAGCCCCGUGCCCGCCAAACGGCCGCUACAGGGAAAGCUGGGUGGUGGCUACUGCGAGAACUGCCGCGUUAAGUACGAUCACCUGGACCAGCAUAUCCGCACCGAGAAGCAUCAAAGUUUCGCAGAAAAUGACAACAAGUUCGAGAGAAUAGACUCACUAAUCAACACCCUACGCGACGAGUACACGCUCUAUGGCUCAUCACAGUGA